AACGUGGCCCGCUUCCAGCGCUUCCCCGAGAGCCGUCGGCAGGGCGGCCGGGCGCUGCCACGCCUGGUGCUCUUUGCCUCAGAGGAGUGCCACUACUCCAUCCAGAAAGGAGCCGCCUUCCUGGGCAUCGGCACUGACAACGUCGUCCUGGUGCGUGCAGAUGAGAGGGGGAAGAUGAUCCCCGAGGAGCUGGAGAAGGAGAUCGAGAGGGUGAAAAGUGAGGGUGCCGUGCCAUUCUUUGUCAGCGCCACCUCUGGCACCACCGUGCUGGGCGCCUUCGACCCGCUGGGCCCGGUGGCAGACGUGUGCCAGCGCCACGGCCUGUGGCUGCACGUGGAUGCCGCCUGGGGUGGGAGCGCGCUGCUCUCCAGGAAGCAUCGGCACCUCCUGGCCGGCAUCGAGAGGGCUGAUUCGGUGGCCUGGAACCCCCACAAGAUGCUGACGGUGGGGCUGCAGUGCUCAGCCUUCCUGCUCCGAGAUGACUCUGGGCUGCUGCAGCGCUGCCACGGGACGGGCGCCACGUACCUCUUCCAGGCUGACAAAUUCUACGACGUGACGUUCGACACCGGGGACAAGACGGUGCAGUGCGGCCGCCGCGUCGACUGCUUCAAGCUCUGGCUGCUCUGGAAGGCGGUGGGGACCGAAGGGCUGGAGCAGCGCGUGGACAGAGCCUUCGCCUGCACCCGCUACUUGACCGCGGAGGUGAAGAGACGCGACGGUUUCCAGCUGGUGCUGGAGCCCGAAUUCCUCAACCUCUGCUUCUGGUUUGUGCCCCCCAGCCUGCGGGGCCGACAGGGCUGCGCUGAUUUCGGGCCUCGUUUGGGGAAGGUGGCCCCCGCCAUCAAGGAGAGGAUGAUGAAGGAGGGCUCCAUGAUGGUGGGCUACCAGCCCCACGGCGCCAGGCCCAACUUCUUCCGGCAGAUUGUCACCAGCCCUGCUGUCACCAGGGCUGACCUCGACUUCUUCCUGGAUGAGAUUGAGCGGCUCGGACGUGACCUGUAGGGCCCCCCCUGGCCCCCUCUCCAGCACUGCAGGGACACCAGGGACCAAAGACACUCCCACGUGCUGCACACUGCAGCUCAAUAAACACUGAAAUGGGUAAAACAAA